AUGGAAGAAGUCAACGAGAAAAAUGAAAGUACAUCUUCUGACAUUGAAGAAGUCACGCAAAAAAUCGUUCUUCAUGUGUACGAUGAUGAGUCGCGAGAGUUCACGUCACUUACUACCUAUCAUGGAAUGAUAAGAAUCUACUCUUCGGAAACAUGGCCAUCGCGAAUCUUUUGGUCUCUUGUGGUUGUGACAUGUUUAACACUCUUCAUGAUACACAGUGGACUCAUGCUCCUUUUUUACCACUCGCAUCCCACAUUUUUUAAAACCACGAACAUAUUGCUUACCGAAGCGUACUUACCGCUGGUUACUGUAUGCAAAGUGGGAGGAACACACCAGUGGAGGAAAUAUCCAAGGUUGCAAUCUCAGGAACACCUGGUGUCUCUAUUCAAUUCUAUGUUGGUUGGUGAUUCGCUCGAUGCUAAUGAUAUGCGAAAACUGGAACUUCUGGAAGAAUUAUAUACGAUGACUGAAGGGGAGAACUUCAACAUGAACGAAUUUCUUAGGGAAAAUAGGGUACAAUGCGAGGAAUUUGUGAAAACCGUGCGUAUCGGUGACCGACUCGUCAAAAAUCAUUGUGCAAUAUCGCAUUGGUCGCUUACAGAUGUUGGAUAUUGUAGCACUUUCGAAUGGAAAGAGGUCUCUUCGUCCUCACAUCCAAUUCGCAUAGAUGUGGUUAGUGAACCUGAUGAAGUCAUAGUAUUUCAUGUGCAUCCGGAAAACACUGCAUUCGCGUCGAAUUCAGAGCGUAUCUACGUUCCACGAGGGAAAUCUGCAAAAUUGGUCAUUCAACCUAAAAAGAAGAUUCACCUUAGGUCCGGUCAGUGGGGUGACUGCAUGGCUCAACAAAUUCAUACGACUACCUACUCAGAAACACAUUACACCAAGAAGAGUUGUGAAAAGUACUGUAUUGUAGAAAAUUAUAUACAGCGAUGCGGUUGUGUUCCGUUUUUCGCUGAUCCUCAAAACUUAAGAGCCUGUAAUCUCACUGAAACUAUUACAUGUCGUGGAAAAGAUGCAAUUGAAGGGAAAUCAGAGUGCCACUGUCCUGUAGAUUGCGAUCUUGUGGAUUAUUCACAUUCGCUAUUAUCCUAUCUAAAAACCAGUCAGAGGAAUCUGUCAUCUAUUGAAAUCCAGAUGCAAUCACGUCAACUACAAGUAAACGAACAAAUGAAGCGAAUAAAAGCUGUUGAUCUGCUAAGUUACGUGGCUGGCAGCAUGGGAUUGUUUCUAGGUAUGAGUUGUGUCACAUUGCUAGAGAUUUUCAUCUACCUUUUCAAAAGUGUAUGGGGAGUUUUCAAUGACCAGAGGCACAAAACAUACUACCUCGAAAAUCUACUCGGAGUGAACGACAAUGACAGUUCUGCGAGUUCUCACGAGGAAAUUGUCAUUACGACAAAGACUCGGAGGAGCUCUGUCGUUCUUUCAUCCGCACCGACAGCACCUGUUAUGCCAACGGUAGAAGACGAAAACAUCGAGCUUCUGGAGAAACCAAACGAUCCUCACCGUUCUCGUCUUAAAAUCGAAAUUGUACGCCAUCCAAUGGGAAGACGAAGAUCGUCAUAUGCUCAUCAUUUGGUGUUUUCACUAAAUGAUGCAUUCUUCAUCACCGAAGAAAAAGCGAGGUUCAUUUCGAAAGCGAUGGCAAGGAUUUCGACUAUAAUGAUCAUGAAUAACUGA